ACGAUGUCUGUCACCCCAGACAAACCCAUGGUGCUGCAGAGCAGCGACGUGGUCAUCGUCCAGCUGCCGUUUGAAUUCGAGAAUCUCUUUCAGCAGCCCGUGCUCCCCUCCACCUCCACGAAGAAGCCCGAGACGGCGGCGGAAGCUGCGCAGGCCCUAGGCCUGGUCCCGCGCUACCGUCGCCGUCAGAAAGCCCGCAAAUCUCUCAUGCAGCACAUCGACGAGAUCGACUCGCCGCUGUUGCGCAUCUCCGAGUGCGGCCGGGAGAUCUACUGUAUUCCCUGCGAGAUGAACCUCACCGAGUUCGGCAAGGUGAAGAAAUCCUCGGUGAAACUGCAUCUCAAAUGCAAGCGCCACCUGUUUAAUCUCAAGCAGCAGGAGAAGAAACUGCGGCACAGUUUACCGCCGGAGAUCAAGCGCGAUGAUGUGCUGGGACUGUACAAGUGUACACUGUGCGGGAAGGCCAUUUCCAGUGAUCCGCACGAUGUGCGACGGCAUUGUGCGGGGAAACGGCAUCAGCGGCUGCUGGUCUCCGAGGGGGACGAUGUAGAGGAGACGGAAGAUGAAAUCGUACCCAAUACGAUCGAAGAAGUAAUGCAGAUCGAAGAGGGAGAACCGGAGAUGAUUCCCACCAAACAGAUGUGCGCGCGCGCCUACAACAACGAAUUUGUUUACGACGUGUUGGAUUUUGUCAUGAAGAGCAACUGCCAGUUAGGUGUGAUUAAGAAUCUCAAGAAACUGCUGAACAAAUGGACUACGAUGAAGUUACCCACGUUGGACACCAUUCGCCGCAAUCACUUGCCUCGUUAUUUAAGUCUAAAUCCUGAUAUUGCACAGAAACGAGAAGAAGCCGCCCUGAGACGCGCAGCUAAACAGCGACAAAAGGAAUCCGCGGAAUUAGCUGCAUUGGAAGCCGAGAUGAUCGACGAUGGAACUGAUAAAUUUAUCCAGGGUGAGAGCUUCCAUCUGGGCGUUCCCGUGGGUUCCGUUACUACCUUGGAUAUUGAACAAGCCAUUAAGGCGCUGGGUGCCGGUCAGGAAGGAUUUUCCAUCUCCGAUCUGGUGCAGUCCGUGGCAGAGGAUCCCAUUAUGAGCGACUGAUGGAGUGUGGGUUUUUCGGUGAUAUGCAUGCAUGUGGAUCUUGAGUCUCUGGAUUUAGACAUCUGUGUAGUGAUAUUGUCUUGCUUACCUGAACUUUCUCAUAAAAUGAUAAUGACAGUACAGUCGUUGUGCUUAUUCACAUUAAACCCGUUUUCGGAUAAUUUUUAUAUUUGUUUGAAUGCCCGUAUGCCUUUUUGACUUUUCCUUUUAGUGAAAUGAACCCCUAUUUGUUAUAAGAAAUGUUUGUCGAUGGAACGAAAUAAAUUGCCAGU